AAACAAACCCACAUCCAUUGACCUGGCGAUCAGACACUAGACUACCUGAGCGUAAGUCCUGCUUGUUUCCCCACUUGAUCAUGGCGCCCUUCCAUUCCACUGCACCAACUCCACUCGCUCGCUCUCUCUCUCUCUCUCGAUACGUUCGGUUUCUCCCUCUAAUCCACCCCUCCUAACCCCAAUUUCACGCGUUUGUUUAGCGAGAAAGCAUGGCCCGGGAAGAUUUGGAGAGCAGGGCAGCGAAGAACAGAGGCGAAACUAGCUACUCCUCUGCGUAUGUAAUUGAGGAAACCGACGCCUACUGGACGUCGUGGUUGAUUCCUGUGUUUGUUGUGGCCAACGUUGCUGUGUUUCUAGUCUCUAUGUACAUCAACAAUUGCCCCAAGCACAACUAUCGCUUCCACGACAAGUGCGUCGCAAGGUUUCUUGGCCGCUUCUCGUUCCAGCCUCUCGGCGAAAAUCCUCUCCUCGGUCCUUCUUCUUCCACGUUGGAGAAGUUAGGAGCUCUUGAGUGGAACAGAGUAGUGCACGAGCACCAACAAUGGAGGCUUAUUACUUGUAUGUGGUUACAUGCUGGUAUUAUUCAUCUGCUUUCAAACAUGUUGAGCCUGGUCUUUAUUGGCAUUCGCCUCGAACAACAAUUUGGGUUUGUUCGUGUUGGAAUCAUCUAUCUGUUAUCAGGUUUUGGUGGCAGUGUACUUUCUUCUCUAUUCAUUAGAAACAGCAUUUCUGUUGGUGCUUCUGGUGCUCUUUUUGGGCUUCUUGGAGCAAUGUUCUCAGAGCUCAUUACCAACUGGACUAUCUAUACCAACAAGGCUGCAGCGCUCUUAACGCUCCUGGUCAUUGUGAUUAUUAAUCUAGCUAUUGGAAUUCUGCCACAUGUUGAUAAUUUUGCCCAUAUUGGUGGAUUUUUGACGGGGUGCCUGGCCGGCUUUAUUUUGUUGCCCCGCCCUCAAUUUGGAUGGAUAGAGCGUCGGAAUCUCCCCGCUGAUGUUCGCCUCAAAUCCAAAUACAAGGCGUACCAGUACGUGCUGUGGCUGAUUUCUCUGAUUCUUCUCAUUGCUGGAUUCACAGUAGGACUGGUGAUGCUGUUGAGAGGAGUUAACGCGAAUGAACAUUGCCACUGGUGUCACUACCUGAGCUGCGUCCCAACCGACAGAUGGAGGUGCGAUUGAAGUUAAGAAGAGCUUCAGGCUUCAGCUUCUCCCCCGCUUGUUCAUAUUCAACCACAAGUUUUUCUUCCCAAUUGGCUUUUGAGGUUAUUUUCGACACACGACGAUUAUAGUUUUGAAUUUUUAUUCAAAGAUAGAGUUUGCACUUGUAUGGAACGGGGAUGAUCUUGUUCAUGCAAACAGAAAAUGUAAUGAGCCUACGCUUAUUCCAUAUUCAGGAAUCAGGAGUAUGUGAUGGUUUGUGUUUUCCA